GUCAAACCAAUAAUGUUUAUGUUUUGAUGUUGUGUUGAAGCCGACAAUCAAUUCAAUAAAGCGCUUUGAUUCAAUAUACUAAAAAUGAAUUCAAAUUCGACACAAAUUUGCCGCUUAUGUCUGGAAACUAGUAACGGUUUAGUAAACAUUUUCGAAACGUUUCAAGACUCAACUGUUGAUUCUGUUUUGGCCAAACAUUUCUGGUUUCAGAUUAAUAAGGAUGACGGCAUGCCAGAAUGGGUGUGUGAAAUAUGUUGGAGCCAAACGAAAACCUUUCACCAUUUCUACAAGCGACUGGAGUUACGCCAUGAGAAUUACUUCAACUCAAUCGUUUUGGUUGAUGAAAUAAAGCAAGAGCGAGGUGUCAGUCCUAUAGAGGCAGCGGUGGAAGCUUUCCUCUUUGUAGAAAAAUACGAAGAAGAAACGGGUGUUACAAUAAAGACUGACGACACGCAGACACCAAGCAUGGAAAACAGUUGUGAUGAAGAUAACGACGAGAAAAGCGGCGAUCAAAGUGAAGCUGAAGCAGAGCAAACCUCUGACGAUGUUGACACGUCUUCCCCUGAUAAGCCUAAAAGAUAUAUCUCACUCAGUCCAUCUGAUAUAGAGCGGCAGGACGCAAAGAUUCGCAAAUAUUUCACGAUGAAAUGCGAAAUUUGCAGUGACGUCGAAUUCGACACUUUAGCAACUGUGAGAAACCAUUAUCGUCAAGUGCACAAAACAAUUGGUUAUUUGAUCUGCUGUGGAAAUAAGUAUCACAAACGCUCCUUAAUACUGGACCAUAUCCAGUAUCACGGUAAUCCAGACGCACACCGAUGUGACCAGUGUGGUAAAAGUUAUAGAAACAGAAAGAUAUUGAGUACUCACAUGAAAUGUCACGGAAGUUCCUAUAAAUGCAGCUUGUGUCCAAAAACUUACAUAUCUUCAUCGAUGCUGAACUAUCACGUUCGAGAAAAACAUUCCACGGACAUGAGUGAUAAAUUUCCUUGCGAGCGGUGUGACAUAAUUUUUCCGACAAGGUACAAACUGACGAGACACUUGAAAACCGUUCAUGGCCCCCCUAUAAAUAACAUAUGUGAAGCAUGCGGUAGAUCAUUCAAAAGUAAAAACGAUUUGAAAUACCACAUAGAAUUGGAACAUUCAACAACACCGCUGCCCAAAGCUCAAUGCUACAUUUGCGGUACUUGGGUGAAGCAUCAGCGUUAUCUUCGGCACCAUUUAAAAAUGCAUCAGGAAGUGCAGGAAGCUCAGAAAGGGAAAGUUCUCAACUGUCCGAUUUGUAAGAAAAAGGUGCAGAGCAAGCGAUUGCUGGCCGUUCAUAUUCGAAAUGCUCAUGGCGAAAGAAAACAUCAGUGUACAUAUUGCGAGAAAGCAUUCAAGACACCGAAAAAUUUGAAGGAACACAUAGCCCUUCACACUGGUGAAGAUUUGUACAGUUGUCCGUACUGCGAUAAGUCGUUCAAAUCGAAUGCGAACAUGUAUUCACAUCGGAAAAAGGCGCAUCUAGAAGAAUGGACCAGAGACAAAGAAGAAAAGGAAAGAAUCAAGCAAAUAGCACCUAGCGAAACUGAAACAACAGCUAAAGCAGUGGUUGAUGAAUAAAUUUAGCAACACAGCCUAUGAUGAUGAUUGUUGCGAAGCAAAACAAUGA